ACUAUAAAUAGUUACGGUUUUUACGAAAAACAACAGAGUGUCGUGUGUGGACUCUGUGUCAACAGUUUUGUUGAAAACAAAAAUAUGACAAGAGGACCGAAGAAAAGUAAUUUCGGUGGGAAAGUUUUGAAUUUUCAUCACCUCGUUUUCUGGGUGGGAAACGCAAAAACCGCGUCGAGCUACUUCGUAACGAGAUUCGGUUUUAAGCCGUUGGCCGUCCGUGAGCCGACCGACGAGAAACCGACAAUUUCCUAUGCCGUCACUUCGAAUAAGAUAACCAUAAUAUUCGAGUCACCCACAAAACCGGACAGUGAAAUCGCGAGCAGCUUAAACACUCACGGAGACUUCGUGAAGGAUGUGGCAUUUGAAGUUCACAAUCUCGACGAGCUGGUUCGGAGGGCCAUAGAAGGGCGAGCCGAGAUAAUUAAAACAACAACACAAAUUGAAGACAACGAUGGUGUCUUGAAAUACGCCAUUUUGAAAACGUAUGGAGAGAACACACAUACGUUAAUUGAUCGGAGCAGAUAUAACGGUAUCUUGUUGCCUGGAUUCGUAGCCGUUGAAGAUGAUCCACUGACAGCGAUGUUACCCGAAACGAACCUUUUGUACAUAGAUCACGUUGAAGGAAAUAUGGCGGACGGCACUCUAGAAGAUUCUGUCGCCUGGUACGAAAAGAAUUUAAAUAUGCACCGGUUCUGGUGCGUGGACUACAGCCACGAUUUAGUGCCCUAUUCCUGCAUAAAUUCUGCAUCAGUAAUAAAUCAAGAUGAAACUAUAUUGUUGUCUAUGAACGAAGCAGCGAAAGGAUUGCGGCCUUCGAGCAAAGCGUCAGAGUUCGUUAAAGCGCUCGGUACGUCUGGUGUUGAACACAUAGCACUGUACACUGAUGACAUUGUAAAUACUAUGCAAAACUUAAAAAAACGCGGUGCCGAAAUAAUAACGUGGCCGUCAACAUACUACGAGAUAAUCAGAGAAAAACUGACCAAGAGUACAGUGAAAGUCGCAGAGAGCCUAACCGCUCUGCAGGAAAAUAAUAUCCUGAUCGACUUCGAUGAAAGAGGCUACAUGCUGCAGGCCUUCACUAAGCACGUACAAGCCCGACCGACGGUUUUCAUAGAAAUUUUGCAGAGGAGAAACCAUAGGGGAUUCGGCGCUAUGAAUUACAAAUGGGUUUUCGAAGCGAUCGAGCGAUUGGAAACCGCUAAAGAUAUUAAAAGCGAUGAAAGUAAGACAGACAAGUGAUGACAUAGAAAAAAAUUAAAGAAAAUCGAAAAAAAAAAGAAAAAAAUUUAGAAAAACUCUGUUUCUUAACGCUUCAAAAUAUUAAAGCACUUUACAAAUAAAUUACUAUAUAUUAUAACACA